GUUCUUUCUGAAGAUGCCACUGUGACUAUUAAUAUUAGUGGUAAUCAUGGUAUUCGAAUGUUAACAAGUACAUUUACUAUCGAUGUCACUGCAUCUACUGCAUUUGCUACCAAACUGAAUGCACAAGAAAACGAAAACAAUGAAUUUGUCAAGAACGCUCGAAUGGUUUCAAAUAGAAAUAUAUCAAAAUUAACGCUUUUGGGAUUUUUGAUUGCACCGAAACUAAUUGGUUACUUAAAAUUGGAAUUUUUUCCGAGGAAAUUAUUAGAAUACUUCCAGAACGUCGUUUUGAAAAUCUUGGAAGAGAGAAAACAAAAGAAAGUUAAAGGAAACGAUUUUCUUCAAUUAAUGAUGGAUGCUCAGGAAGGAAUACUUGAAAACACUGCCGAAGACUUGAAAGAAGUAGAGAGUGAAAUAAGUAAUAACAAACUUCAACCCAAACACAAAACAAUGAGCCUCGACGAAAUUGUUGCUCAGAGUAUUCUUUUUAUUAUCGCUGGCCACGACACAACAACAAAUGCGUUAUCAUUUUUUUGUUAUGAAAUGGCAUUAAAUCCAGAAUGCCAAGAGAAGUUGUUGAAGGAAAUCGAUGAAACAUGGGAAACACAUGUAAAUAAACGUUUUCCUUAUACUUUUUAAAUAUAUAAUUUAUAC